AUGAAGUUCGGACUUGCUCUUUUCGCAGCCGUUGCCAAGGCUGAGGAAUACAAACCAGACCGAUUUGAUAUCGUUCAGAGCCAUGCUAUGCGACUUCUUGACUGGGUUGAGACUCAGGAGAGCAAUCCCUCCAGGAACAAGAGAUAUGGAAACCGAUUAAUCGGCCAUGUCUUUGGCUUGAUCCUCAGUGGAUCUCCCUCUUUCACUGAUGAAUCCAUCUGCAACCCAGAGGGAUAUGUCGCUGAAGAAGAGGAUGUCAGCGUAUUCUCUGAAGACGACUAUUGCCGACUCAAUCAACAAGUCAAUCGAGCAAUUAACUCGCUCGCACGGAAGUUCGUCUGCGAGGGACGAGGCAAUGUCUCCAGACGAGUCAUCCGAUCUGCCAAGAAGAUCAAGGCUUCCAUCGCCGACCGAUACUGCUAA